CAAUGAGUCCGCGAUCAAACGCGUGUUCUACCUGCCGUUCGCGCAAGGUCAAGUGUGAUAGAAACCUACCAAAAUGCUCGGCCUGCAGGCGACUAAAUCUGGACUGUGUUCAACAAGGCGCUGUCCAAGGACUAAUAUGGCUUGACCCCGGGGUGCCUAACAAAACGACUUCUCGGAAAUGUAGUGCAGAGUCGCCGGAGAGAGAAAUGGGUCUUCGUAGGAGACCGCUCUUCUCGGAUCGCGAGCGUAUUGCAGAAUGUUCCAGGAUGACAAGACAGAUUCCAGAGCACCAAGUAGAGGGCCUUCUCUUGCAACUGGACACUCAGGCCGAAACCCUGGAUUACGACACGCCACUUAACCAUGGACCUUUCGGAGUCUUUUCUUUGCACAAGCCGCAAUCACCAUCACUCUCGCCUUCAUCUCCUCCUGUACCCGAGCCUGAAGCUCUGCCGAUCAUUAAUUCGUUACCGGAAGACGACUGGUACGGCAUUGACUUUAUGAACAUCGAGCAACCUUCGCACGACUUCCAACCUGUCAUGACGAAAAGCCCUCUUCCUCUGUCAUGGGCUACUCAGUCACCCAUGCUCAACUUUGGUGAUGGAAUGGAUGAAGCUUUCAACAUGAACUUCGGUGGAGUCGAAGACCCUUCCGCUAUCACAGAUCUGACCAGAUUUUUCCCUCUCAGUCCACGCCUGCCCACACCUGUCACUUUGACUUUUUCCCAGGACGUUGCAGGAAUGGCACCUGGAGUUAUACGCACCUUACUGGAUCACUACCAAAAUUCGAUGAUGUCCUGCUUUACACCAUUGCAUCAUGAGAAACCUCCAUGGAAGAUUCUUCAUCUGCCUUGUGCUAUUUCUGCAUAUGGAGAACUAAGCCUUCUUGGAGACUCAAACAACGCCAAGAUGACAUUGCUUUUUGCAGUUCUGGCCAUGAGCGCAUUCAAUCUAAAGCACCUGCAGACCGAUCCAAUGGAGGCAGAUAAUUGGCAAUCUAUGGCGGAAUCGUAUCGUGAGAAGGCGAAGGCACGACUAAAGCUCUGCCUUCGUGAGCAGAGCGAGGAGAAGAAGAAGUCAAAGUACAAGGAGGUUUUGAUGGCGUUGACCAGCAUGGUUACAGUCUGCGUGGUCAGCGGGCAGAUGCAAGAAGCAAGAUGCUACCUCUUGGAUGCCGAGCGAUUCAUUUAUAUGCAGAGCUUGAAGAAGCCCAAGCAAUCACGAAAAGUCAACAUGCUGCACAGUAUCUAUCUCUACCUACGGAUCAUUGAGGAAAGCACUUUCACUCCUGUCGAGGAUGCUCAACUUUACUUGACCAACCACUCAUACGCCCUAACGAACGAAAAGCCAAGCGCGAUCUGUCGCUACCCUUCGCUGUGGAGCGACCGUCUGAAGAUGGGCUCGGACAUGGACUUUCAGGACAUGGCAGAUCUGGAGACACGAUUGGUGAAGUUCCCGGCCGACCAGGACGAACCAACCAUGUUCGAGCAAAUCUACGGCAUUCCCGAAUCACUCUUCCGCCUGAUCUCGCACGCUACGCACCUGGCCGAUGAGGUUCGUCGAAGCCGCUCCACCCACCCCAGCGGCAUGUCUGAGAACCUUGCUCAGAGAGCCAAACUCAUCGAAAGCAAGAUUUGCGAGUGGAAGAACCCGUACAAAAUGCUGGCCGAAAAGCAAACCUUGAUUGUGUAUGGACCAGCAGAGCGAUCUGACAAGAUCGAGGUGCGAACCGACCUACUCUUCAACUUUCUGGAAGCCAUGCACUGCGCCCUGAUCAUCUAUUUCUACCGCCGGGUCAAGGACACAAAUGCAACCACUCUGCAACACUAUGUCGGCAAAACAAUCCACCACCUCUUGGAGCACGAAAAGAAGAAGAACAAGUACGGCGACACAUCUGCUUAUGUCGCUUGGCCUGGCUUCAUUGCAGCUUGCGAGGCGUUGGAUCCUGUUCAUCGCGAGCAGAUCUCGGCAUUCAUGUACAGAGCUGGCCAACAGUCUGGUGUAGGCAGUCUAUUUGUUGCCGCUGAUGUGGCUACAAAGGUGUGGGCUGCAAGAGACGAUACAGGCUCUCUGGAUGUGUCGUGGAGCGACAUCCUGGCCACCAGCAAGAACGGCUUGAUCGUGACA